AUGAGUGCACCAAAUGAGCAAGGGGCCACUGGCUCCCAGCAUCUGAGGGAAAGUGAUGACCACGAUGAUGAUGUUGCCGAGCACUCCGAACCGGACCGUGAGACGGGCGACAGCGACGAGGAUAGCGACGACGAUGCGCCAUAUCUCUACCGCAUGCCGGGCUCUUACAUCGUCCACGGAGAUGAUGACGAAGACCAGGACGAUGAGGAAGAAGACGAGGACUUUGAGGUCGAGGAGGAGGACCUUGACGAGGAUGACGCUGAAGCCGACGACUUUGACGAUGAGGACGACCCCAUCCAGCAGAUCAUGGGUUUAUUCCGAGACGGUGAGAGGACAGGCCUGUUGACGCGCGGCCAACUCAUGGCGCUGUUACGGCAGCGCGACUUGAGCAACACUCUGUUUAACAACGCAGACGACGAGGAAGGUUUCAUGAGCAUGUGGGGUUCGCGGAGGCGGCGGCAGGCCAAGGACCCGAAUCGCUUUCCCACGGUGCCAAGCGAGGAGGGCAUCAAACUCAUGAGGAGUGGCGCUUUCGGGGCCAACGACUACGACCUGCACGCCAAGAAGCGCAUUUCCAGGCGCAUGCUCGAGCGAGAACUCGGUCUCGGCGACCGCGAGCAGAGGAAGCGGAAUAGUGACAUUGUAACCCAGACCAUGAUACCCGGCACGAGAGCAGAGAAGAUUAUUCACUACGAUGACCCCGUCUAUUCGGGUCAGUUCUCGGAUGACGGCAACUUCUUCUUCUCAUGCUGUCAAGACUUCAAAGUCCGCAUGUACGACACGUCGAACCCGUACGAGUGGAAGUACUACAAGACAGCCUCCUACCCGUGGGGGCAGUGGACCUUGACAGAUGCAAGCUUGAGCCCGGACAAUCGAUGGUUGGCAUACACAUCGAUCCAGAGCAUGGUGUCCAUGGCCCCUACGGACGCCAACGAUACCGGCGACCCAUACACGCUCGAUCUUGACGACGCCGCCGUACGCACCGACAACACCUGGCGGACGCGAGGGGGUUUCGGCAUCUGGUCUAUCAGGUUCUCUGGUGACGGCAGAGAGCUCGUCGCAGGGACAAGCUCAGAUGCCAUCGUCGUCUACGACAUCGAAUCACGCCGUGUGCUCCACCACGUUACCGGACACGACGAUCAUGUCAAUGCUGUCUGCUUCGCCGAUAAGCUGUCGCCGCACAUCGUCUACUCGGGUUCAGAUGACUGCACUAUCAAGGUCUGGGAUCGAAGGAGCAUGGGGACGUCUCGCGAGGCCGGCGCGUUCGUUGGCCACGUCGAGGGAUUGACGUACAUCGACAGCAAAGGCGACGGACGGUACAUAUUGAGCAACGGCAAGGACCAGAGCAUGAAGCUGUGGGAUCUGAGGAUGGCCAAAUCAUCUGCCAAGUUCCGGGAAGAAGCACCGCUGCGUCGCACGAUUGGCGGCACGUUCGACUACCGCAGAGAAGCAUACGACGAAGAAGAUUGGGAUCCGCACCCGCAGGACAACUCGCUGGUAACAUUUAGGGGUCACAAAGUCCUCCGCACUCUCAUUCGGUGUCACUUUUCGCCGCCAUCCUCGACCAACUCGCGAUAUGUCUACUCCGGAAGCGCCGACGGCAAAGUGUACAUAUGGAACAUGGACGCAACGCUGGCGGGUACGAUUGAUGUCAAGAAGGCAACGAUGGCAACCCGUCGGAGGGAUCGGCACACAAGACACUGGUUCGACGAGCCGGGCGGUUGGGGCACUUGCGUGCGUGACGCGAGCUGGCACCCGACCGCUCCAGUCCUAGUUGCUUCUGCGUGGAACGGAUACAGCAUGGCACGCGGCACUUGCAGCCUGCACGCGUUCAACGAGUCGACAGACGACGAGGGCGAGCCAGGAAUGCGGCGCAGCGUGGACUCUAACCUGCGGGAAGACCCAGACGUGUUUCAAGACUCUGGCUAUUGA